CUUUUUCCUCUGCUUUUUUUCCUUUUUUUCAUUUGGUUGAAGAAGCUUCAUUGCAAGAUCAUUCCCAUUCCAUCAAUCAAUGAGUCAACGACACUCUGAAAAGCAAUACUUUUUCAACCUUUGAAAAUUCCCACUACCCAAUAAAACCCCCCCAUUCUUUCCUUCUCCAUUCACUCUGUUUUUCAUAAUUUCUUCCUCCAAUAAUGGCCGCCACCGCCACCGCCGCCACCGUGCAUUCCUCCACCACGACCUUCGUCGAAGCCGACCCAUCAUCAUUCCGAGCAAUAGUUCAGAAGCUAACCGGAGCACCUAACGCCCCAUCAGCGUCGUUUCGUCUGCAGGAGCGGCGGCGGAGUAGCAAGAAGCUGGAGCUGGAGCUGAACGGCGGCGAUGGUUUGACAGGGAUCGGAAUUGGAAUCGAAAUGGUAUCGCCGGUGUCGACUUUGGAUUUUGUAGCACGUGGGAAUCCUUGUGAAGAGGAAGAGAAGGCCAUCGCCGGAAAAGGGUUUUAUUUGCACCCAAGUCCAAUAAGCCCUCCCGGAGGAUCCCAGCCGCCUCGGCUUUUGCCCCUGUUUCCUCUUUCUUCUCCAAGGGACUGUAAUUUCAGAAACCAUUCUGUUUCUUCUUAAUUUUAUACUUAUAAUUAUUUUGCCUCUCCCUCUCUC